UCUUCGAGAUGCGAGUGUUGCUGGCUUUUGUACUUCUGCUUGGCCUCUCAGUUUUGGCCACUAAGGAACCGGAAGAAGUUAAAAUUGUAAGCGAGUGUGCCAAGGAGAACAAUGUUCAUAGGAAGAAGGCACUGGACCUUUUAAUGAGCUAUCGUUUGAAGAAGAAAACCCACAACGUCAUGUGCUUCAUCAACUGCAUCUUCGAGCGAACCAACAUACUGCAGAAAGUUAAGGAAAAAGUUGUAAAGGAAAAUCACAACUGCGACUCCAUCAAGGACGCUGAUAAGUGUGCAGAAUCCUUCCAAAAAUUUCAAUGCUUGGUCAAGAUUGAGAUGAAAGUGAGGGGGAUAGAUAGAGGAUAGAGUCCUAUCUAGAUCUAACAAUAAACAAACUAAAUUUCCCUAAUAAGCGAAUCGAAUCAGCUUAAAGCCAUUAUGUCAUGGUAAAAUACACAACAAAUUCACCCUAAUUAUUAGCGUGAUAGUGCAGCAACGCGACAUGUGCCACAAACAAUGCCCAAACUUUAACAAUUAAUCAAGCCAUUUUGCCCACACGAAUUUAAAGUUUAGACACCACUAAAAGCACUUCGGAGUGCGAACUGCGAAAAAUAUGAAAACAUAAUGAAAACCAAAAUAAACUCAAAGUUGGGCGGACUGUCAGCGGCAGAUGAGGCAAGGGAAGGGGGGUCUGGCACUUGAGGCCUCGCUUAAAGUGGAGCCUCGUAAUU